UAGGUUUUAGACAUCGUCGGCCGUCAAACCUAGCUGAAGCAGAAACAGAGGCCACGCCGAAGAUGGUGAAAGGAAGGCAAGGAGAGAGAGUCAGACUCUACACCAGGGGAACAAUUCUCGGCUACAAGAGGUCGAAGUCGAACCAGUACCCAAACACUUCUUUGCUUCAGAUCGAGGGUGUUAAUUCCAAGGAUGAGGUUUCUUGGUACCAAGGGAAGCGAUUGGCAUAUAUCUACAAGGCUAAAGUUAAGAAGAAUGGAUCCCAUUAUCGUUGCAUUUGGGGCAAGGUUACCAGGCCCCACGGUAACAGUGGCAUUGUUAGAGCGAAGUUCAAGUCUAAUCUCCCACCGAAGUCCAUGGGUGACAGGGUUAGAGUAUUCAUGUACCCCAGCAACAUUUGAGCAAUGGAGAACCUGAUUGAAACAAGUGGUUUGCUACAUGAAGGGAUUUAUAUUUUUGUUACAUUUUGUGAGCUAAGACAGAAGCAUUUUUCUGUUUCUGAACUGAGUCAUUUUUUGCUUUUUAGGUAAUGUUUCACACCCGAGUAGUUAAAUCAGAAUUAUAGAAUCAUUUGUCUGGAGCAUUGUCAUGUGUUAAGCGAUGUAGUUGCACUUUUAUCAAAUGGUUUUCCCGUAUUCAAAGUCUCUACGUAUUUGCA